CUGCUAUACACACUCCCUCUCCAUUCUCCUCCUCCCAUUAGUACAGUGAGGGGAGAAUUCACACUGCACUGAGCUGGAGAGGUGUUAGCAAGCUCAGAGCUGGACAAUAACACUGCACCAGCAGAGCAAGUCCUCUCUGACAAGUAAUACCAGAGACUCACAAAGAGGGCUCUGCUGGGAGUGUGAGGGGCUCUCCUCCUGAAUUUGCUGGGAGUGUGGCUGGACCUGCACAGGGCUAUUCUUUGGUGCUGCUGUGCAGAGAGUAGGACUUGUUCUGCAAGGAUCUCCCAAGACCUCUGCUCUCACAUGUGAAGGAGCCUGAGCAGCACAUUGUUACCUGGGAUUAUUACUACAUUUUAAGAAAAAAGUGGUUGCAAGGAUGGAGCCCAGAUACCUGGCAUUCUACUUAACUCUUGUCUGCUGCUUUUUGGGGAAUGUGUCAUGUUUUGGAGAUGAAGAGGAAAGGCGCUGUGACCCCAUCAGGAUUUCCAUGUGCCAGAACCUUGGGUACAAUGUAACCAAAAUGCCAAACUUGGUUGGCCAUGAAUUACAAACUGAUGCAGAGCUUCAACUUACCACUUUUACCCCUCUGAUCCAGUAUGGCUGUUCUAACCAGUUACAGGUAGGUACCUCUCUGAUACAGUGUAUCACCCACCCCAGGGGGCAACUAGCAGAUAAGAAAAACUCAUUAGAAGUGUUUUGUGUCCAUUUCUCUUUAGCAGUUAAAUAGCAUUUCGACCUCCUUUUUUCUUUUUAAAUGCAGAAUAGUUUCAGCAUUUAAAGCUUAAUCUGUUUCAUCUGCAUGACUAACAGACUCAAUUUAAAUGCAUACCCAGAGUAUCUGUGAACCAACUCGAAUUUACUAUUUAAAAGCAACAUUUUAGAAAAGCCCCAUUUCUUUCAAUACUGAUUUUUUUAAAAUUAAUUUUAUUAUUGGAAUUAUCCAUAAUGAGGAUAACUCCAAUGUAUAUUUUGCUCAGUUACAGUAGCAUUUAUCAGUGAUCUGAAUUGGUUAAAUCUAACCUUAUAACAUCAUUUAGUUCAUUAUUGACCUCACUUUAUUUCCAGGCUGUAAAUCUGUCUAAUCCCAUAUAGUGCAUAUUAGCACUCUGCUCUAUUAAGUCAUAGCCCCUGGAAGAGAUUCCCUUAAAUUUAUUUAAUUAUUUAUAUAUAAUAAGAUAUAUACUUUGUAUAUCUUAUUAUGUGUUUUGUACUUCUCACUUGGGAUAUUUUAUCUUUUUAAAGUACAAAAUAAAAAGAGCCCUUGUAUAAAAUGUUACUGUGUAUUUAUUUUAAAGUCUAGGAUUUUUGACUUUUAGGAAAGUGACAAAGGAUCAGAUCAUAAAUCAGACAGGUUGAAUAGCUUACAUUAUGUCCCACUGUGUUACUGUCUGUUUAUACAUUUUGUUAUUUUUGUAACUUUAGAUAUAUGUAAACACCAAGAAAUUUGCUAAAGUGCUCUAAACUAGAGGCUUUUAUGAGUGAAUUAAAUUACCCCCCUUUUAAAAAAUUUUUAUAAAUAGGAACAUAUAGGUAAUUUAGCCCUAUAAUUAUCAUCAAUUUAUUUACCAUCACAAAAGUCUACAAAGCUAGAUAUAUUGAAAGGGGAUAUUCGCUAAGCAGCGACUUGCUAAAUUAUUUUAGCUUUUAUACUUUGGUCUAAAUUUUAAAAUUAACCAAGUGAACUAACUAUUAUUAUUAUUAUUAUUAUUAUUAUUAUUAUUAUUAUUUAUAUAGCGCCAUCAGAUUCCAUAGUGCUGUACAAUGGGUGCAAAUCCAGUGUUUAGUGAACUGAAUGAUCCUACUUGACCAGAGCUUAAUGCCCUAUAGUAUAUGAUGUGGAAAUAUUGAUCAUACAGGGGAUAUUAUUAUAUUAUUUAUAUAGCGCCAUCGGAUCCGUAGCGCUGUACAAUACGCUGUAUCUUUGUGCAUUUAUUAUACUAUUGUAUCACUAUAAUAAAAAUAAUGUACUUGACCAAGAGUACAUCUACACCCCUUUUAUCCCAGGGCGUAGAUUUUAUUUUUAUACAUAAUGGGUUUUAUUCACUAAAGUGGAAAUUGUUGAGAACUGGAAAGAGAAUUGCAUAUUUUAGGCGAAACUAGAAACAAUUCUCAAACGGUUAUUUUUCAGCUUUAAUUAAUUUGACUUGUAGUUUGCAGUUCUCUUGUAAAUUCUCAAUAAUCCCUGAUUCAUUGAAAUGAGCCUACAAUGGUUUAUUCACUAAACUUCAACAUUGUAGCAAAUUAAAAUGUCAGAAUCUGGGCCAAAUCAUGCAAGCUGGGUUAAUGUUUUUCAAAUCCGCUAUUUUAUCAAAAAUGUCCAAUAUCAAGUCACAGGGGAAAAAAAUGGAAUUAAAUGAAUAAGCUCCACAAUAAAAAUACAAUUGUGGUAAAAUAAAGUCAUUUUCCAUACUAUAUUUCACUGUUCGAUAUCGAUCCAGUGUUUGUGUUGGAGAUGGGUGCCUUGUCUCUUAGGGUCCCUAAAAAUGUUGCCCUCCCCCACCCCUCCCUCCCACUCAGUGAUUUGUGUGGAGUCCCUUAUCUGUCAGUAACCUGUUUACAGGGCAUUGAUACAAAGAGAGAUGCUCUCCCAGGCUCACUGGGUGUAGAGCAGGAAUUCUAGUCUUUGACAUUUUACAAUCAUUUGUUGAUCUUAGGAUCCCAGCUCAUUGUGAGAGGGCCACUCAGCUCAGCAGGAAUGUGAGGGUAGAACUAUUUGCUUGUUAACCAUUCCACCUUUCUGUGGGAGACUGAUUAGGAUCCUUGCUAAUUUCAGGCUUUUUAACAAAAAAAAAAAGCUAAAAAAAAAAAACCCAGGCUACAUUCAAUUCAUCAUUAGCAAGGUCACUGUGAUAAUUACUUGGUAGGGCAAAGGAAAGAGAGAAAGAAAGUGUACUAUAGAGGAGGGUUAACUAUUUGAUUGCCUAACGCAUUUCACAGCAACCAGCACUCAAUCAACUGGCUGUAGGAGGGUUAAGGAAAGGCUAGCUCAAUACAUGUCCAGAUGGAAAAUGUCCAGUUAUCUCAGUUUACCUUUGGGCGGGAGAACUGUAGAUAAGAAACAUGACAAUUCACAGCAGUCAGUCAAAGAAUACAAACAGUUUGAUAUAACGGAUUAGCAGAACAACACACUGUUAUCAAGACGGUUUUACUGCAAAAAGCUUUUGAGUUGAAAGGUCAAACGGACGUUUUAAACAAAUCAUACCUUCACCUUGCCAGGCCGUUGUACUGUGUUUAAUAAUUCCUUAUGGUUUGUGUAAUUAGCCGUAAUUAUUGUUAGAAAAAUAAAUAUACCUGCUAUCCCGUGCUUUGUACUCAGAACGUGUUAUUCAUUAAACACUUAUACAAUUUAAUAAAUUAAUACAUUUAGGGACAAAGUACAGAUUUAGAAAAUGUCUCCACCUUGGCUAUAACCACAGCUUAGCUAUGUAAUCCUGAAGUUUGCAAUGCAGGGUUUAGUUCAUUAAUUUGGUGUUUAGAGAAUGCGCCCUACAGUCUUAAGAUAAAAAUAGGUCCUACAUUGACAGAAAGCUUUACUGGGCAUGAAAACAUAUUGAAAUAUUAAAUGCUGAGGCUUAAAAUACAAUCCAUAAUGAGCAUUGGUGAGAAUUCCACAUUAAUUCUUAGCAGCUCAUGGGAACUGUAGGUCUUGACAGCCUGCAACACAAUCCUCUAGUAAUUCUUUGUACUCAGACAGAGCUUUUUAUUUUUAGAAAAAGGGGUGCAAUGACAUUUGCAGUGCUUGAACACUGCAUUCAUUGUAGGAGUGUGUCCCCAAUCACCGUUGGUCAGAGCUGUUCAGGGAUGGCAGGCAUAGAAAGUCAAGUAGACUUGCAGGUCUCACCACUGCUGUAGAGUCACACAAAUGUGUUUGGUUAUAUUUAAUGUGUUAUUUGUUGUGUAUGUGACUAAUCUGCGUACACCAUGUAAUAUGAUCCUUGUUAAAUGCAUCUAUGCAUAGUUCUUGGAAUAUCUUACUUAAAUUAAUUUUUGUUUUCUUUCUUUUAGUUCUUUCUGUGUUCCGUGUACGUCCCAAUGUGCACCGAGAAAAUAAAUAUACCGAUUGGUCCUUGUGGUGGGAUGUGUCUGUCCGUCAAGAGAAGAUGUGAACCAGUCCUAAAAGAGUUUGGUUUUGCUUGGCCAGACAGCCUUAACUGCAGCAAGUUCCCACCUCAGAAUGACCACAAUCACAUGUGCAUGGAGGGUCCUGGGGACGAUGAGGUCAACCUUCAUAGCAAGACGUCUCUGCAACCUGGAGAGGACUGCAAUUCAUUUGGGCCAAAUUCUGACCAGUACACCUGGGUAAAAAGGAGCACAACCUGUGUUCUUAAAUGUGGCUACAAUGCUGGACUCUACAGUCGAUUGUCUAAGGAAUUUACCGACAUUUGGAUGGCCAUAUGGGCCAGCUUGUGUUUUAUAUCAACUGCCUUCACUGUUCUAACAUUUCUUAUUGACUCAUCCAGGUUUUCUUACCCUGAACGACCCAUCAUCUUUCUGAGCAUGUGCUACAAUAUUUAUAGCAUUGCUUUUAUUGUGAGGUUAACUGUGGGUCGGGAAAGGAUAUCCUGCGAUUUUGAAGAGGCAGCAGAACCUGUUCUUAUACAAGAAGGUCUGAAGAACACAGGAUGUGCAAUUAUUUUCUUGCUAAUGUACUUUUUCGGGAUGGCUAGCUCCAUCUGGUGGGUUAUUUUGACAUUGACUUGGUUUCUAGCAGCUGGACUCAAAUGGGGACACGAGGCUAUUGAAAUGCACAGUUCUUAUUUCCAUAUUGCAGCCUGGGCUAUCCCUGCAGUGAAAACCAUAGUCAUCUUGAUUAUGAGACUGGUAGAUGCUGAUGAAUUGACUGGCUUGUGCUAUGUUGGCAAUCAAAACAUUGAUGCACUAACCGGUUUCGUGGUUGCCCCACUUUUUACCUAUUUGGUAAUAGGGACUCUGUUCAUUGCUGCUGGUCUUGUAGCUCUGUUUAAAAUCAGGUCCAACCUUCAGAAAGAUGGAACCAAAACGGACAAGUUGGAGAGACUGAUGGUAAAAAUUGGUGUCUUCUCUGUAUUGUACACUGUUCCGGCGACCUGUGUUAUAGCGUGCUAUUUCUACGAAAUCUCCAACUGGGCUGUUUUCCGUUAUACUGCUGAUGACUCCAACAUGGCUGUGGAAAUGCUCAAAAUUUUUAUGUCACUGUUGGUAGGCAUCACCUCCGGCAUGUGGAUAUGGUCAGCCAAGACACUGCACACAUGGCAGAGAUGUUCCAACAGACUGGUUAAUUCAGGGAAAGUAAAAAGAAAGAAAAGAGCUGAUGCAUGGGUCAAACCAGGAAAGGGCAACGAGACAGUCGUAUAGUCAAUGUAUCCAUGUAGCCUUCUUUUAUGUUGAAGGAGAAAUCUUGGUUUUCUGUUGUAAACCAAACUUAUGUACAACCUCAUGGUUACUUGGAGAAGUAGAUUCCAUGUUAGAAUCUGAGGCUGGUUACGUUGUAAACAUCAGUUGGAUGUUCUGUUAAUAUCCAACCUAGGCUUCCUUUUCACUCCAGUGGUACAGUGGAAAGGUUGUAGCACAAGGUGAAGCCAGUGACCCCAGAAAGAGAGUAUAUGACUACCUUCUCAUCUAUGAUCUCUCAUCUUGUCUCCUUAUCGCUGAGUUCUAUGUGAUAAGGAUUGUUUAGUAAAGCCCUAAUCUCCAUGACCGAGAUGCUGCUUUUCCAAGACAUGGGAUAAAAAGUCUGGGAAGCUAUUCACCAGGACGUCAUUGAACACAUUGCUGCGGAAGUGUUUUGCAACAUAUUGCAACUUACAAAUUAGAACCCGGGGGGAAUUUUUUAAUUUCUUUUUUUUUUAUUGAAGCUCUUAUAUUUUUGCUAAAAAACAAACAAACAAACCACUGAACACUGGAUACUAUAAUUGGCUCAUAACUCCAUGGUGCCUUUUAAAAUUGAACUUUGUUUCUUUUUUUUUUUUUUGUAUUACUGCCUAAUCAAGUCUUAGUACAUGAAGUUUUCAGGACUUAGUUGUUCAUGAUUAGAGUAGCCAAACUUCUCCAGAAAAUGGGAGGAGUGGUGAGCUGGCCGACCCAGUACUAGAUUUUAGAAGUGAGUUUGGGGUUCUGAGGCGUAUCUUCAUGUGUCUGUUACACAAUGCACUAAAAACGGAAACUGGAUAGACUCCCACGAUAAAAGGAAUUAGAAAAUAAUGCACUAUUUGCUACCUGGACAGUUACAUUUUAGCUUUGUAAAUCGCAUGAACAUAAACUUUGAAGCAAGAAGGAACUAUUAAAAAAUGAUGUAUUAUUACCUCGGAAGUUACAACUCUGCUAGGUUAAUCACCGGUAACUCAGAGGUUUCCAACUCUUGGUGGGAUUCAGCAUUCAUGAAUCUUUUAGUGAACAAUAUCUUCAUUAUAGGAAAUUAAUGAAUCUCACUCAUUACCAAGGGUGAGGUGGAUGCUUUGGCAAGUAAAAAGGACAAUUCAAUGUACCUGGCAGAAAACAUACAGGGUUUUUUUUUUCGACUAAAGGGAAAAUUAAAAGUGAAUUUCAAAUUUAAGGUAAAAAUUCCAGUUCGGCUACUUUGGCAUCAAAUUUGAAAUUCAUUUUAAAUCUACUUUGAAUCCUCAAAGUGAAUUAAAGAAAAUACAUCACUCAAUUCUUUGGCUCUGAAAUAGCCAGUGUGAUGCAUGUUUUGUUUAACCACAAAAAAAGUGAUACCUUUGGGCAUUAUUCACUAAAUAGUUAAUUGACGUGCCUUAUCUGAUUUGAAACUUUUUCACUGGCAACAUACCACUGUUCAGUGUUUAUUGAAUUCCCUUUUGUAUACGGUCAGGGCUCGAGUCCUGCAGGAACGCGUGGGAACGUCAUUCCUGCACUUUUUCCACAGCAGGAACACCAUUCCCGUUAGUGGUCCUGCAGGACUUUUUUGCCCGCGAGGUAAACAAGGCAUUUGCCUUGUUAGCCUUGCAGGCAGGCGGGCGGUGAGGGAGCGCUGAUCUGUGAGCUCCUCCUGCUCAGCCUACUCGCACACUGCAGAGUGAUGCAAGGAGCCGGAAUAUGACAUCAUAUUCCUGGCUCCCUGCAUCACUCUACAGCGCGUGAGGGAGCUGAGCAGGGAGAGCUCACAGAUCAGCGCUCCCUCCCUGCCUGCCUGGACCUUAACUACCCACACAGAUCGGCCAGCAGCCCCACUGGACCCCAGGUAAAGAAAGAGCUGGGUGGAUUUUUAAAAAAGUGUUUGUUUGACCCUACCCAAUCAACUACCCCCCUACCCACUCACAGCCCUCCUACCCACCUCACAGUCCCUCUACCCACCUCACAGUCCCCCUACCCUCUCACAGCCCCCCUACCCUCUCACAGCUCCCCUACCCACACCUUGUCACGGCGCUCCCUACCCACACCUUGUCACAGCCCCUCCCACACACCUUGUCACAGCCCC